AUGGUUGACUUGCCUGCUGCGGAUUUGCUCCAAGAUGAGAUCAAAAAUACCAGAAUUUUGAUCGUCAACUGGAAAAGUUAUCGUCAAAGCCAAAUGAUUUCGGAAGAAGACUUCGAAUUCAUCAACGCUUUCGAUGCUGAAAAGAACGCCAUCAAUAAGCAGCAAAUUCUCGAUCGCUACGGGAAAAACGCAGCCAAAGCGCUCACGAAUUUGAUCGGGCAGAUUGCACGCGAUCAGACUGUGCGAUACUUGUUGACCAUGGUUGAUGAUAUUCUUACGAUGAACAAGGAGAACAUCAUGAUCUUCCACGAGCAUGCUGUUACUCUUGGACAGCAAGCUUGGACUCCUUUCGUUACGCUUCUCUCAAGACCGGACAAGUUUAUUUGUAAUCAAGCCGCUAGAAUAUCAGCAAAGCUAGCUACUUUUGGAAAGCUUCGUUUCUCGUCCGCCGAGUCGGACGGCUACCUCGGUUGGAUUCGCGGACAGCUGACGCCUCUAAAUGCCGAAUGGUUGACUGCUACUAGCUCCGCAUUGAUGAUCUUACUCCGCGCUGAAUGUUAUCGAAAGCUAGUCGUCGAGCAUGGCAUUGUUGAUCAACUGAUGGAAGUUCUUGCUACUCGAAACCAAGGCUUUCAGCUUCAAUAUCAGGUUGUUUGCUGUUUUUGGCUGAUCAGUUUUUCGUGUGCAGAUGAUCUUUUCAAAAAACAGAUCACGAUCCCAGUCUGUGAUGUCCUUCGCCAAACGGAAAAGCAGAAAGUCUCUAGAAUUUGCCUGGCAGUCUUCCGAAAUCUAAUCGAAAAAUGCAACGCUGAUAAAGCUCGUGAUAUCUGCUCGGCAUUGAUCGGCUGCAAGGUCCAAAAGUCGAUACAGGUUUUGACAGAGAAACAACUCGAAGACGAAGAAAUGGAAGAAGAUCUGAAAAUCGUCGUCGCCAAGCUUUCCGAAGUCGAGCAAAACCUCUCAAGCUUUGAGGAGUUCUGCUCUGAAGUCAACUCGGGUCGCCUAUCUUGGAGUCCAGUACACACAAACAACAAAUUCUGGAGGGAGAAUGCCCAAAGACUCGUUGAAAAAGACUACAAGAUCCUGCGGAGACUGACACACAUUCUCGAAACCGAUCAAAACACCGAGUGCCUGAGUGUAGGAUGCCAUGAUCUAGGGGAGUUUGUGACGCAUUAUCCAAGAGGAAGACAAGUUAUCGAUGAAAUCUCGGCUAAGCAAACUGUCAUGCAGCUAAUGGCGCAUCAGGACCAAACAGUUCGAUACAACGCCCUAAUCGCCGUCCAAAAGAUGAUGGUGAACAAUUGGGAAAUCCUGGGGCGCCAGAUCGGGGUUAACUGA